CCCUUCAAACUACUGCAAAUCAUCAGUCUCUACCGCUUCAUUGGCCAGUCUCACAUUUACAAAUAAAUCUCACUCCUAGCGAUAUUCAUGAGUCUUCAACAUCAGCAUCAGGCCCAAGGAAGCACGCAGUAUUCAGGUAUGUCGGGGCCUCUUAGCGAAUGUCCUUCACUUCCUUCUGCCCCAAGGUCGACUAUACCUGCGAAGCGAUCAGACGAUGAUGACAUCCAAUUCAUAUCAUGCAAACCUGUUAAGAAACGGAAGACAAGUGACCGAGCACCAAAACCUACAGGCCAACACCAGAGUAUAUCUCCAAUGCCUAUCACGCCUACGCCACCUGUUUUCAUCCAGCCUCCUGAAUUAAAAGACUUUGAUCGACGGGUUAGUACAGGGAUGGUUGGUCUUCCUUCAGAUUUUAAUACCAUGGAACUUGCCUCUAUGUUAAGAGGCGUGUCACUCCCCGUACUGGAGAAAUUCGUCCUCAAUCAACCUUCCCGUGGGCCAAGAACACCAAGCUCACCAGAGCUCUCUCCGAAGCAGCUACCACGAACAGUUGCAACAGCGAUGCUAAAUACCAACACCAACACAAACUUUCCGUCCCCUAUAUCAGAAACAUCAUCCAUAAAAGCAGAUGCGAAGAGUUCAACGAUGCCACCGCCUCCAGUUCCAAAUACUGAGGUAUUGGCAACCCCGAAAUCUACACGAUCUGGUUCUCCUUCGUCAAAUCCAGCCACCUAUUUUGCUCCGCGGUUAGAUACGAUAAAGCAGCCGUGUCAGAUUUGCUUGAGAAUGCGACAACAAGUAGAUCUUGCAAAAUCCCAAGGAUUUCCUAUGUUUACUCAUAAUUUACCGCAUCAAAUGGUUCCACAGAUUGCCUGUCAUCAGCCAUUACAUCAACAUCUUCAUCCUCAAAUGAUAGCUAUGAGCCCAAGUAACAUGCAUUCCUUCGGCCCGGGCUUCGCGCCAAUCAUGAUGCCUAUCAAUAACAACAGUUUUGCCCCUCUCCCAGAUCAUAUGACCAAUCCUGCCCAGAUGAAACAGCAAAUUAAUGAGCAGAAUCAUGGGCCAAGCCGUGAGAAUGUUAGCAGCCACACACAACCUUCAGGUUCAACCGCUGCAGAGCCACAUUAUCCUGCGGCUUCGAGCCCGGUAAAACCACCAGCAUCUCUUAUCCAGCCUACCUACCGUAAGCCCUCGCCAAACCUAAUUGUGGAUGUUGCAGAGACGUGCCAAGAGAAGUUCCCUUUCGAGGAUGUUGCGAAGAGACAUAAUGUACCCGUAGAGAAGGUAUUCGACGUCUUUGCGGCUAUUAUUCAAGUUCCGCUUUUACGGUGCCCGACCGAUAGGCGAAGAGCAGGAAAGCUUGCUACAACACGUGUCAAAGAGUAUACGAAAGCCAAGAAAACAAUUGAAGAGACCAGAAACCAGAACCAUCCUGACUCUUCAGACCAAGCAAUCGCAAAGCCCUUAGAUAUUGCGAAGCACCUAGGCCAAGUGGAUCUACCGGAAAGUUUUUACCUGGGAUAAGUCCUGAGAAUUUGGAAGAGGAUACGAUUACGUCUAAGAGUGAAAACAAUAUAGAUUUUUACGGAGCUUAAAGAUUGCUAUUCUU